AUGGCAACGUAUCUGCUUCUGUUUACGCUGCAGCUGCUGUUUGGUCUCAUUAGGCCGAGUCUCCUUCAGAACAUUUCAGCUGAUCUCAUAUCUGUUUCUCCAGGAGCAAACAUCACUCUGCUCUGUAACAUCACUAAUUACUCAGCGAUAUCCUGGUAUCAGAUGAUCUCAGCAGAGUCGAGGCAGAUUAUAUCAGCCAGACAAAAGAAACUGAACAAACACUUUUAUGUGGAUUAUAAUUCAGAUGAGAGUCACUUUAAUUUAACAGAAAGCAGCAGUUUAGUGAUUUAUGGAGUUCAAGAGACGGAUCUGGGGUUUUAUUACUGUGAAGUUCGGAAUGAUACAAAACACAUUCAGUCAGUGGAAAAGAUCAAACUGAACUUUUCAGGUGGCAGCAAUAAUGGAUCUUCAUCUGAGGCUUCAGAUUCACAGCCGCCUGCUAGAAAUGUUAACGACUGGAUUAGAAAUGUGACUGUAAUGUGUGUGUGCUUCAUCUCCGUCCUAAUAACCAUCUGCAUGUGUGUGUUCUGCAGCAGGGUUCUAGGAAAAUUAACAUCAUGCAGCUUCUUCAGUCACACCACCGACUCCACUGAUAAGGAUGAAAGCAUUCAUUAUACAAGUGUUCAGUACAAAAGAAGAUCCAGAACAUCUGCUACGACAAACACAUCAGAUCUGGACAGUGUGAUCUACGCAAGUGUUGCCUCACAGCCACAGAGACACUGACAAGUACAAGAUGACAAUAACAUGACAUAUGCUAUGUGUCAAAAGCGCACACACACACACACACACACACACACACACACACACACACACACAUAUAUGGUAGACACACAGUUGUUACUUCAUUCUCUUUGACACAUCUGUAACUAAGCUCAGCCAUGGGGUUUCAGGGUUCCAUCAGACACUGAAGGAAUCUUCACAUCUUUUGGAAAUCCAGUAUCUAUCAGCAUGAAAACCCAGACACGGACUGGGAGCAGGUCUGCUGUAACGAUGUGCCAGUUUCUGGUCCUGCUCAAGGCCUGAAAAAACAGAGAUCUCAGAGGUGUUUGUUAAAUCUGAAAAGACGUCAAGAUUACAAGCAACUAACUCCAGGCAGGAUUCUCAAACAAUAUUCUGACAAAAGAAUAUCUGCAUUUAUUAAAUAAAUAAGUUUGUGCAUUAGGAUUUUAUUAGUGCUUAUAACAGCUUUAACAACCAGCCGACUAAAAACUGUCAAAUUUACAAUGCCUGAUUUUUACUCAUAUUUACUAAUGGUUUAUUUACAUGUAAACAUUUUUGUGCUUGUUUUAUUUGUAUUUGUUUUGAGAUUUUUACUGAAAUUAUAUAGAAAUGCUGAUUUUUAUUUUAAUGAUCAAACAGAUGACUGAAUCCUUAUUAGGUAAAAUUUUACACAAACUUGGUACUUAUUUAUAUAUUUGUUUUAAACUGUGUAUUUAAUUUGCAUCAUAUUCCAGUUAAAGCAUUUUUACAUUCAAGCCUAUGUUUUAUUGGAAGAAUUUUAUGAAUAAAUCUGGCAAAGGCAACUGGAGAAUUUUGACUCUUCAAUUGUAUUUGAGAAAAUUCUUACAUGAACUAUUAUUAUUUAUAAUAAUUUUGUGCUUGGCAGGCAACAUGUAGGUUCAUUUAACUAUCCGAUACCCCCACUUUCCCCACUCUAUUUAGUUCUUAUAUAGAACCAGAAGAUAAAAAGGUUACCUGCUCUACAGUGAGGGUGGACUGAAAUGUCUCCUGCCACAGUAUAUGGUCAAGAAAAUGACAGAGAAGAUAUAAUAAAAAACAUUAGCAAAGUUUUUGUGAAUAUACUGUGAUUCUCAGUGUAAUGUUCUGCCAUCUGUAUGGGUGUAACUUCGACAAAUCCUCUUCUUCUUUUGGCUGCUCCCGUUAGGGGUCACCACAGUAAAUCAUAAUCUGUCUUCUGACAUUCAUCAUCACCCCUUCAACUUUCAGCUUCACGAUCAUCACAGUAUCAGAACCUCUCUUCACCUCCACUACACUCCUACUGU